AUUAUUAUUAUGGGGGUAUUUAUUCUGGUUGUGGCUUAUUGUUACAUGAUGACGAUGACCGGCGGGGAUGCGACGGCAGAACAACAACUGAUGAUGAUGAUGAGGAGGAGGAGAACGCGAAAUGGCGGGGGCGGAUCGUCGCCGAUCCGAAAAUGCGAUUUGUUUUCUGGGAGAUGGGUUUAUGACAACAAAUCAUAUCCCUUGUACAGGGAGGGGGAGUGCUCUUUCCUGGCUGAUGAUUUUGCUUGUGAGAAGUAUGGGAGAAAGGACUUGUUGUAUCAGCAUUGGAGAUGGCAGCCUCAUCAUUGUCAUCUCCCAAGGUUUAAUGCCACUGCACUACUAGAGAAACUCACAGGGAAAAGGCUUGUGUUUGUGGGGGAUUCUCUAAACAAGAACCAGUGGAUGUCAAUGGUGUGUAUGCUUGAAUCUUCUUUAUCUCCUUCAUUGAAAUCAUCCAUUUGGAAAGGCAAUUUGAUCACUUUUGAAGCCAAGAUUUCUAUUGGUCUCCGUUGCUCGUGGAAUCCAACUGUGAUGACCCAGUGGGGAUCAUUUGAAAGGCCAGAUGCAGUGCAGGAAAAGGUAGAAAUGAAGCUUAGGCGCUAUGAAAUGGCAUUACAAACUUGGUCAGACUGGAUGGAGUUCAACAUUAACAGAUCAACAACACAAUUGUUCUUCAUGAGCCUCUCCCCUUACCAUAAAUUGGCGGGAGAUUGGGGCAAUCAACCAGAUCAAAACUGUUACAACGAAACAGAACCGAUUUCAAGAUUGGAUUACUGGGGAAGUGGGAGUGACAAAGGACUAAUGCAAACUGCAGAGAAGGUCAUAAAACAGCUGGAGAGUAGAGGUUUGAAAGUGGGUUACUUAAAUAUUACACAACUCUCAGAUUAUAGAAAAGAUGGACACCCCAGUAUUCACAGGAAGCAAUGGCAGCCUCCAACUGAAGAACAAUUGUUGGAUCCAAAGAGCUAUUCAGAAUGUGUGCAUUGGUGCUUGCCUGGAGUGCCCGACGUUUGGAACCAAAUUCUUUAUGCAUACCUUAUGGAUCACCAUGUCCCAUAGAGGAAAUAAAAGUCCAACUUUAGUCUAUAAGCGAUGUUUUCAAAUGACCGUUGGGCUAUUUAAGACAAAAUCUUUCCAUUUUUGAAAGUCAAACACCCCAACAUCGAUGUAGACUUCUAGACAUCGAUGUUUUGAUGACCAUUAGCCAUUUUUAAAGGAAAGUCAAAGCCAAAAUAGCGAUGUUAACUAUAUGAGCAGCGCUGUCGGGCUAGAUUUCAGUAGAUCCACUUUCAUUUGAUUUCCACAAAUCAAGCCAAUCAACCCCAAUCUUCUCCCAACCGUUGCACCUUGUUUUUGGGUAUAAAAAGGGGUCUCUUGGGUCUACUUUUCACAUCCAUUCCUCACACAUUUCAUAGCUUUACAUUGCAUCAUUCCAUAAACUUUUUACAUAGCUUUUUAGAGCCAUUUCUUGAGGAAUUGAGUGUGUUCUUGAUCUAA